CCUCGUCGCCAAAUGUCAAGUCCUUUGUACUUAAAGGACGUAAGUAUUUGUAAUGAAAUAAUACUCGAUGUAAAAUACUUUAUUUUAAAGAAUUAUGCACAUGGUUUCCAUUUUCUAUCGCAGUAUUAAGUAUGUGACCGCUGUCGUUCAGAUGACAGUAGUACCAACCUACAUUCAUGGUUAAGGGAGUUUUACACGAACAUAACACUAUAUAACUAAAGUUUAUACAUUUUAUACUUACUUUUUACGUAAUAUUGUAGAAUGCAAUAACUAUACAUUCUCAUAUGCAAUUAGAAUAUGUAAAUAUAAUAUAUUAGUAGAACCUAGGAUGAGAUUGGGUGAUGUUGAAAACAUACUUCUGAGAAAUAUAGCACAUCCUUGGAAUAUUCUUCCCAUAUACUAAAAAUAUGUGCGAUAGUACAUUCUAAGUAUAUACAUAGAAGGUAUAUAGCACUUCCUUGGAAUAUUCUUCCCAUAUACUAAAAAUAUGUGCCCUAGUACAUUCUAAGUAUGUAACUAGAAGGUAUAUAGCACUUCCUUGGAAUAUUCUUCCCAUAUACUUAAAAUAUGUGCGAUAGUACAUUCUAAGUAUAUAAAUUGAAGGUUUAUAGCACCUCCUUAGAAUCUUCUAAAAAGUAUGUUCUUGGUAUAUACUGAAAAGAAGUGCGGUAGUACAUUCUAAGUAUAUACAUAGAACGUUUAAGUACUGUAAUGUAGUAUAUACUCAGUAUAUGCUCUGCACAUUCGCAAUGGUAAUUACGCAUAUUCUAAGUAUAUACUUUUUCUGAAAAGUAUGUUCUAUGAAUCUACUAAGAACAUGAAAUUGUUAUGUGGGUUAGCACAGUUCGUAAAAAGUUUUUUUAUUUUUUUACAUUCUCAUGAGCAUGAAAGGAAUAAUCGAACAGCUAGAUUAAUUUUAACAAGGCCUAUAACAUUGUUUAGUAAGGAUAGUUGUGAAAUCCAUUACGAAGAAUAUUUAACACCAUAUGCAAACAAGUAUGUUCAGUUUCAAAUCGUCGCCUCAAAACAAGUUGUAGUUACUUUAAAAGACCGUAAUUUGAAUAUGUACGAAGCGGAGUCAAAUGGGAACAAAUACAUUGUUUUUACAAACAAAUGCACUUGCAUAAACUUUACAUCAAUGCUUCUACCCUGUAAGCACAUUUUUGCCACUAGAUUAGUGGAAAAAAUAAAGUUAUUUGACAAAAGUUUAUGCAAUGAAAGAUGGUCUAAAGAAUUUUAUAUAAAACAUCAAAGGGUUGCAAAAGGAGUUACCACUACAAGCGAGAACAUUUCUUUGCAACCGUUUUCUGUGACACAGGCUGUUUCUCCUAGUAUACAGACAGUAAACCAAAAGAGAAAAAAGGCUCUUUUUGUGACAAAUUCGCUGGCAAAUUUAGCUAGUCUAUCUUCUGGUAGUUCGUUCAGUUACAAAAUGAAGAUACUGGAAGCAAUAGAGACUGCCUGGAGACAAGGUCAUGAAGUAGCCUUAAAUGUAAUUUCUAGUAGCACUGACGAAAAUACAGAUCAGAGCAUUAUUGCAAAUAAUGAAGAUUCAAAUGGUUUUUGUGGCAUUUUAUCUGCAAAUGGACAUGAUCAAGUAGCUAGGCCAAAAGACUUAGACUUAAAUAUAAAAGCUGAUGUUAACGAGAUUUUAGUAACUGACGAGAUGCAUAAUGCAGAAGUUGAACUCGUAGAUCUAAAUGAAGAACAAAAUAACAAGGACAGUUUUUCUGAAAAAGGACAUGGUCACCUACCUAUUUCAAAAGACAUCUUAGACACAAAUAUAAUUGCUGAUGAGAUUUUACUGAUUGCCGAAAUGCCUAAUGUAGAAGUUGAAUUUAUAGAUCAAAUGGAAGAUCAAAAUAACACGGAAAUUUUAUCAGAAAAUGGACAUGGUCAAUUACCUAUACCAAAAGACAGCGGAGACUCAUAUAUAACCGAUCCUAAUGAAAGCAACAAAAAAAUCCAAAUUAUAAGUAAAAUAGUAUUACCGCCGAAAAUUAAAGUGAAAGGAAGACCUAAAGGUGCAGAUGAAACUGUUAUAGGACUAAAGAGAAAACGAAAUAAAAAAUAAUUUUUUGAGC